CCCCGGCCGCCACGCCCCCUCUGUGACGCCCCGUUGCUAGGCUGCCCCCUGCCGGCGCGGACGGCGUCCUGCGCGCAGCGGGAGCGACCGGAGCUGCCGAGCGGCGGCCGGCGCUCGGGGCUCGGCUCUUCUCGCCCCUUCUCCGCCCGGUUUUUCCCCGGGGAGACCGCCCGGGGCUCGGCAGAGCCCGCCGGGCGCCAUCCCCGCGGCGGCAUGCAGCGGCUCUUCUCGUUCUGCCUGGGGAGGGUGCGGCGGCCGCCGCCCUCCGACGGCGAUGCCGGACCCUGCGCCGCCGAGACCUCCGAGGUCCGGGAGAAGCCCCGGGGCGGGCUGCACGGCGCGGCCGCCGGAGGUGACCUGGCCCGGCUGCAGCGGCACUGGUGGAGGAAGAGAUUCCGCAUCAACGGGCGGGACGCGGAGAAGCAGACGCCUCUGCACCUGGCUUGUGCGAACGGCCAGGCAGAUGUCGUCCGAUUCCUAGCAAGAAAGAAAUGCCAGCUAAACCCUCGUGACAGCUUUAAGAAAUCACCGCUGAUGAAGGCAGUAGAGCACCAGCACAAAGACUGCGUGGCUAUUCUGCUGGAGCAUGGUGCCAACCCUAACCUCAGAGAUGCUAGCGGCCACACUGCGCUUCACCUGGCUGCCAUCACUGCUAGCAAACCCCUAGUCGAGCUGUUACUUGAGCACAAUGCCGAUAUUGAAGCUCAGAAUAAGUUGGGAUACACUCCGCUUACUGUUGCGAUCGCCGAGCGCUCUGAAGAGUUGGUGGAGUUCCUUCUUCAAAAAGGAGCUGACGUGCAUGCUCAAGAUAAGAAUAAAAGGACCACUCUUAUGGUUGCUGCUCUUGCUGGGGAUAUGAAUAUAAUAAAAAUUCUUCUGCAGUAUGGUGCUGAUCUUUCUCAGGAAGACCUGUCUGGCUGCACAGUUCUACAUUACGCCAGAGCGUCUCGGCAUGCUGUUAUAGAAAAGCAACUGGAGCAAUACAUGGGCUGUGAAAUGAGGGGAGAAUGUUCUGCAGGAGGCACAGAAGGCCCAGCAGUACUUGACAGCUCUUGCUCUGGGAAGAAUGCUGACUCUCCCUUGGGCACCCCUACACUGACCGGAGCAGGUGUCUUCCCAGCAGCAGGAGCACAGGAGCAAGAUGAUGACUCCCCUUUUGAUUCUGAGUCGGAUUGUGAAGCUCCAAUGAAAGUGUCGGCCGGUGUAUGGCUUCCACCUGCAUACAAACUUGGAGCAUGGGCGCAGGCCUUUGCAGAGAAGAGCGGCAACGGUGUCUUCCCAGCAGCAGGAGCACAGGAGCAAGAUGAUGACUCCCCUUUUGAUUCUGAGUCGGAUUGUGAAGCUCCAGCGAAAGCGUCGGCCGACGAGCUGCCUCCUGCUGCAGAUGGAAAGGGAGCGUGCGCGCAGCCCGUUGCAGAGGAGAGCGGCAACGGUGUCUUCCCAGCAGCAGGAGCACAGGAGCAAGAUGAUGACUCCCCUUUUGAUUCUGAGUCGGAUUGUGAAGCUCCAACGAAAGCGUCGGCCGGCGUGUGCCUUCCACCUGUAUACAAACGUGAAGCAUGGGUGCAGUGUGUUGCUGAGGAGAGCGGCAACGGUGUCUUCCCAGCAGCAGGAGCACAGGUUUCUGCGCCGGAGAGAGAAGAGCUUCAGCUAAAGAAGGAUGCUUCAUGUCAAACUGACUUUCAAGGCGUCAGACAGACAUGGGUCAAGCAGCCGUGGCAGGAGCUUGCCAACCCUCUCAAAAGGAGCUCCCUCACAGAAGCUUCACCUGAAGCUGUGAAUAGCUACAGCGUGUACCUGCAGGAACAGAAACUGCAGUUGCAGAAGAAACUGUACCAUUCUAAAGCUAAGCUGCAGGAAUUAAGAGAAAGGCAUAUCCGGACUGAGCGUUAUGCCGAGUACCUGAGGAAUGCCCUCAAGUGGAAGGAGAUGGAACUAACUUUCAGGAACCUGCAGGUCCUUCUGGUCACAUAUUUUGGAACUGCGGCUAUCCCAGAGCUGGAAGACCGCAUACAACGGCUCCAAGGUCAACAGGCCAGGCUGGAAGCCACAGUCCAGCAACAAGCAAAGACCAUUGAAGCCCUUCGGAAAAAACUGCAAGCCUGUGCCUCAUCUCAUAAUGGCCUGGAGGACUUGGUAACUGGCUUUCAGACAACACGGACUGCAAAGGAACACCAAUGUCGGCAGCGUGGGAGCGAAAGCAAGGAAGUAAAGAAGCUGGGCAAGACAAAAUGCCGAUCGGAAGCGCUUCUGGAUGAAGUGUGGAAAAGAAAAGCCGCACUGGAGGAAGAACAGACCAGGUUGAAGAUGCUUCUGCAGAUGUCUUCGACAACCCCGACUGCGUCUGCAGCGAGAAGGAGAAAGUCCCAGCUCAGUUUCCGGGGAGAUGAUGAAAGAGAUGAAGAAAGUUGUUCCGAAUUGACUAACUAAAUUGGUAAACUAAGAAGAAAGCCGAACCUCCAACGCGGUUAACGAUGAGAAGAUGCUGGAGCGGAGGAAGAAGUGCCAGUGCCAGAAAAGAGUGCUCCCAGGCACGAAGCCUGGAAACCUUUGCCUUCCACCCUGUGCACCCACCACCCCACCUAUAAUUACAAGUGUUCUGUUGCAGUGUGGUAUUUAAUAAACUCUGUCACCUA